AUGUCCUCAAUCGAGUUUUUUUUUUUUUCUUCCCCUUUUUCCCUUCCCUCUCUUCCCCCUUUUUUCCCUUUUCCCUCUUUCCCCCUUUUUCCCUUCCCUCUCUUCCCCCUUUUUCCCUUCCCUCUCUUCCCCCUUUUUCCCUUCCCUCUCUUCCCCAUUUUUUCUUUUACUCUCUUCCCUAAUCACUGGGGUCUACUGGAGCAGCCAAUACGAUCUUCCAUAAGUGCUCCCAUUGGUGGCAUUGGGUGCGGUACAAUUGGUAGAGGCUAUCGAGGUGAAUUUUGUCGAUUUCAAUUGGUACCUGGUUGCUAUGAUCAUACAACUGUUGUGGCUGACCAGUUUAUUGUAUGUAUUCGGAAGAAAAAUGUGACAGUCCACCAGCAAGUAUUGUGUGUAAGGAAGCAUAAAAAAGGUUGUUUAGAUUCCUGGAAUUGGAAUUUAAAAGGGGAAGAUGCUACUUAUCACGCUUUAUAUCCUCGUGCAUGGACUAUCUACAAAAUACCUGAGCACAAAGUCCAAUUAAUCUGUCGCCAAGUGUCUCCCAUAUACCCCCAUGAAUAUAAGGACACCAGCUUCCCUUGUGCUGUUUUUGUGUGGAGUGUGAAUAAUCUUGGUGAAGAAGAUAUUGAUGUUAGUAUAAUGUUUACCUUCAAGAAUGGACGAGGAGUAAAGGAGGAUUCCCAAGGUGGUUGUUGGAACCAGUUUUUCUAUGAAUCCAAAGAUCCUGCUGCUGAAGCUGUCUCCGGUGUAACUAUUAACCAAACAAUUCAGAACAUGGCAUGUACUUAUGGAAUUGCUGCACGCCAUCAGGCUGAUGUCUCUGUUAGUCACAGUGUUUUCUUUGAUCCAAAAGGCUCUGGAGACAAAAUCUGGAAGGAUUUAUCAGAAGAUGGUGAACUAACUAAAAGUGAUGCUAAUAUUGAGAUGAAAAGUAAGGAAACGGCCAAGAAUCAAGAAUGUGCUGCUGCUGUCUGUUGCAAAUGUCAUGUGCCAGCAGGUUCUGGCACCAAACAGAUGGAAUUUUGCCUCAGUUGGGAUAUGCCUGUUGUUCAUUUUAAAUCUAAAGGACAGUCUUAUGGCAGACGUUAUUCUCGGUGGUUUGGGCAGAAAGGAGAUGCUGCUCCCCAGCUUUGUGCCUAUGCCCUUCAAAAUUAUUCAAACUGGGAGCAGAAGAUUGAAGAAUGGCAGGGACCUAUAUUAGAAAAUCCUAAUUUACCAGCUUGGUACAAAUCUGCUUUGUUCAAUGAACUGUACUUUGUCAGUGAUGGUGGGACAGUAUGGGUUGACCCAAUAAACCAAGAUGACAUUUCAAAUAAGCCAGAAACACAACUUCCUAAAGUUAUUGAAGAAUAUGGUAAAUUUGCAUAUCUUGAAGGUCAUGAAUAUCGGAUGUAUAAUACUUAUGAUGUACAUCACUAUGCAUCCUUUGCUUUAGUGAUGCUUUGGCCAAAACUACAACUCAGUCUACAGUAUGACAUAGCGAAGUCCAUUGAGCAAGAAGAUCACACUGUUGUUGAAUACUUGAUGGAAGGCGGUAGAGGACCUGUUAAAUUAGCUAAUGCUGUUCCUCAUGACCUAGGUGAUCCAGAGGAUGAACCCUGGACUAAAGUAAAUGCUUACAACAUGCAUCCCACACAUAACUGGAAAGAUCUCAACUUAAAAUUUGUACUUCAAGUUUACCGUGAUUACUCGGCUAUGAAAGACAUGACGUACCUGAAAGACAUGUACCCGAAAGUCAAGGCUAUGAUGGAUGCAGCACUUGUUUGGGAUGUUGAUGGAGAUGGUCUAAUUGAAAAUGGAGGAUUUGCUGAUCAAACCUUUGAUGCUUGGACAGCAACAGGAGCCAGUGCCUACUGUGGAGGAAUGUGGCUUGCAGCCUUGCGUCUUACAGUAGAGAUGGCAAAUAUUCUUGAAGAUUCUGAGAACCAAAAGAAAUACUCAGAAAUACUAGAAAAAGGAAAAGCAGCUUUUGAGAAGAAAUUGUGGAAUGGUCACUAUUACAAUUAUGAUAGCAGCACAGCUCCUUACCAUGACAGCAUCAUGGCUGCUCAGUUAAUGGGUCAAUGGUUCAUGAAGGCAUCUGGAAUUACUGAUGACUCGGUUUUCCCUCCUGACAAAGUUGAAAGUGUUUUGAAAGUUAUAUAUCAACACAAUGUAAUGAAGAUCAAUGGAGGAACAUGUGGAGCAAUCAAUGGCGGCCGACUUGAUCGGAAGAAAGAAACUAGCAAUUGUCAAGCUGAAGAAUUUUGGGUUGGCAUUGUAUAUUCACUUGCAGCUAACAUGAUACAAGAAGGCCUUUGUAAGGAAGGAUUCCAGACAGCAUGGGGUGCCUAUCACAUGUGCUGGGAGAUAUUAGGGUUGGCCUUCCAAACGCCUGAAGCUUAUACCACUGACAAGGUCUAUCGCUCCCUUGGUUACAUGCGGCCUUUAGCCAUUUGGUCAAUGCAUUGGGCUCUCCUCAAAUUUCACCCACAAUUAUUCACUUCCACAAUGCAAUCAUUGACUUCAUGA